UGCUAAAUGCACGCUAAAUAAAUUGGUCCAGUUUUGGUAAAGAAGUGUCGGCAGCUGCUCGUUGAUUUUCUUGCCCAUCUCCAUUCCUGCUUCUAUCUUCCUUUAAAUUUACGAGCUUCCCCUAACAUCCUGCAAGCUAAUUAAGCUAUUCUCCUUCUUCAGCAAGCUCAACAUGGCGAUGAUCUUAGAAGCUUCUAUGAAAAAAUUAUCUGGAUCGCUCGGUGAUUCUGCCCUUGGAGAGGUGAUCAUGCUGCUAGGUGUGAAGGACGAGCUCCAAAAGCUACGUGAACUGAUGGAGAACAUCCGAUGCCUACUGAAAGAUGCGGAAAAGAAAAGGUUUGAUAAGUCAUCAACCACCGAGCUCUGGCUUUCUAAGCUUAAAGAUGUGAUGUACGAUGCUGAUGAUAUCAUUGACCGUUGUAGAAUUGAGGGCACUCUGCUGCUCUCUGAUCAAAAUUUUGAAUCUAGAACUUCGUCGGUAUGUUGCGACUUCUUAUCUGCCUUCUCCUCCUGUUUCACUAGCGUUCUUUUGCGCCAUGAGAUUGGAAACAAAAUGAAGGAUAUUAAUGAAAGACUCGAGCAUAUAUAUGAGGAUAGAGAACGUUAUAAACUAGAGAAAUCCACUAUAUCCGAAACCCCACAAUUUACUCGACCUGGUCGUAAUACUUCUCCCUUGGUUGAUUCUUAUGUUGUGGGAAGAGAGGUCGAGGAUGUAGCAAAUAGUUUGGUUGAUCGUUUGGUUGGGGAGCAGGUUGAUGAAAAAUGCUCUGUUUUUGCUCUUACCGGCAUGGGCGGGAUAGGGAAGACAACUAUGGCUAAAAAAAUUUUUAACCAUCCAAAAAUUCAAACCUAUUUCAAUGAAAAGGUGUGGGUUUGUGUUUCAGAGACUUAUGUAGAAACUGAGUUAUUAAAGCAAGUAAUAAGAGGGGUAAAUGGGCGCCGGCACUAUGAAAAUGCUAAUUCUAAAGCAGAGUUAGAACCCAUUCUCAGAGAUUCUAUUGCUUUAGCUCAUAGCCUUUUUCUUGUUUUAGACGAUGUGUGGAGGGGGAAUGUGUGGGAUGAAUUGCUUAGAGUCCCGUUGCAGCAAUCUAACGUGAAUGUCAAAAUCUUAGUCACAACUAGAUAUGAAAAUGUUGCGAAGGAGAUGAAGGCAGCGGGUAUUCAUCAUGUGAAUCGUCUUUCUGAAGAGAGCAGUUGGGAUAUGCUUCGUAGGAGGCUUUUCUCAAAGCAAGAAGAAGAGCUAGCGAAUGACUUGAAGGAUCUAGGAUUAAAGAUCGUAAGCAAAUGUCAAGGACUUCCUCUUGCAAUCAAAGUAAUUGCUGGAGUUCUUGUCACAAAAGAGUGCACUAGGAAGGAGUGGCAAAAUUUUCUUAGAAAUUAUGCGUGGUCUAGUAGCGAGCUUUCUGAUGAGCAGAUAAGAGGAGCCCUGCGCCUUAGUUUUGAAGAUUUACCUUCACAUCUCAAGCAAUGUUUUUUAUACUUCUCUUUAUAUCCUGAGGACGCAAAGUUAGAUCUGCAGGAGUUUGCUCCACUUUGGGUGGCCGAAGGAUUCGUAACAGAGCAACAAGAUUCAGUGAUGGAAGAUUUAGCAAAACAAUGGUUCAAUGAGUUACUCAAGCGAAAUCUUUUGCUUCCAGGUGAUGGUCCUAGUGUUGUGUGCCAAAUGCAUGAUCUUAUCAGAUAUCUAGCUAUUUUUUAUUCUAAAGAAGAAACUUCUUUUGCAAAUUUGAAUGUGAGGAACUCCACCAUAUCAGCCAAGCUUCGUCGCCUAUCAGUUGCAAAUCAAAAGGCAGCAGCUGAAAUACUGAAUUCUGUUCCAGAUCAUGGAGCCCUAAGAACAUUGCUUGCUUCAUCUUCUAAUCUAUUAUUGGAUGAUGAAAGAUUGAGGCGGCUUUUGCAUCUACGUGUCUUGGACAUUUCCAAAACAGGAAUUCAAGUACUUCCUGACUCUAUAAGGAACCUAAUUCAUUUGAGUCCUCAAGAGUGGCAUUUGAAGAAAUUUAAGGGCGGUCUUCCAGAGUGGCUAUUGAAGCUUCUGCAACAACGGGUGUCGCAAAAUGAUUUUAAUGAUGAUUUCAGCCUUGAAUUAAAUUUCCCUUUUAAGGUUUUUCGAGAAUGCUUAAAAGGAGGUACUUAUUGGGACUUAAUUCAACACAUUCCACAUGUACUUGUCCACGGUGGCAUUCGUCGUCUUCGCUAUAGUAAAGAACCCUAUAUUUACGAUACAAAUCUUUGAUUAAUUCAUAUGUUAGAGGUUUGUUAAGGAUUAUUAUGCUUGUUAUUGUGGUGUACGUACGUUGUUUGUAUUAUAAUAGGGUAUGCUUCUUUGUAUAAAUGUGGGUGGGUGAGCAAUAUGCGUAUUGUGCCAAAGUGCAUAUAUAAUGUUUGUAUGCUUUGCUUAAUUUUUGUGGGGCCAUCCGUCUCCUCGAUUGGAUUGCAUAUGCUUAUACUUUCUGUGAUUAUUAUGCACAAAGAAGUUGUUUAUUUGUAAGUUUUUCAAUGAAAAGUAAAGUGUGCUUUCAUUAUGCAUUAUC